AUGUCUAGCUGCAUAGAUAUGGUGCCUGAGCAACUCUGCUACAUCCCUUGCAACUUCUGCAAUAUUGUGCUUGCGGUGAGCGUUCCAUGCAGCAAUCUGCUGGACAUAGUCACCGUCCGAUGCGGGCACUGCACGAACCUCUGGUCGGUCAACAUGGCCGCGGCCUUCCAGUACUCUCUCUCUUCCUGGCACCACCACCACCAGGUAGGAAAUGGAUACCAGAACAACAACGUUGCUAGUAACCAGAACUAUCACCAUGCUGCUGCUGGCUCCUCUUCAUCUUCUGCCAAAUCGAGCCCGGCCACGACCAAGCUGCCUGCAGCCCGAUCGUUGGCCGCGGCUAACCUAGCUGAAGAACGGAUCAUCAACCGACCUCCCGAGAAGAGGCAGCGAGUGCCUUCUGCGUACAACCAGUUCAUCAAGGAGGAGAUCCAGAGGAUCAAGGCUAAUAACCCGGACAUUAGUCACCGCGAGGCUUUCAGUACCGCCGCGAAAAAUUGGGCACACUUCCCUCACAUCCACUUUGGGUUGAUGCUUGAGACUAACAAAAAGACGGCCUACUAA